UGACACUCAGAUAUGCAAUUUUCAGAUCAACGAAAGCCACAAUGGAGAAUCACAGAACCCACAAGUGUGAAAACAUGUUCACCUGAAGCAACGAAUAUAAGAUUCCUGUCUUUCUGUAGGUGGCCGACAUGUCAGCUCGGCGAUCUGUUCCAGACCCCCACAACUCUUUGUGUAAUGCUUGGCCUCUUCACCGCAUUUCUUCUUGCUUCCCACUCGAGUGCUCCGGCAUAGGUUUCACAGCUGAACCUGAAGAAACCCACUGGGGUCGACUUUGCCCGUUUAACUGCCAGACAUUUGUAUGCAGUGCUCGGGUGAGGGGCAAUUGUGACAUUCGUGUUCGUUCAGUUCUCAAACGUGGACAAUUGUGUAAAUAUAUACUCCAGGCAACUACCAGCUGUACUGCACCGAAGGAGAACUACCCUCAGCCUGCGGAAAUUGUGAGCCACUAGCGACCUCCAGCGGCUCCAUCCGAAACUAGCCGUUUCUUCGCGCCCCCGUGUGCUUGAAUCACUGCGUUCACCGGGGAUCCUUUCCGCCUUCGCUGCAGCUGGGGGAAACACGCGGCAUCGGGUCUUACGGGCCCCCGGGUGGCGACGGGUUCGAUCGAGGUUUUCGUUCAAAAACUCUUCGCGUGCGGUGCUGUCGUCACCUCCAAGUCGGUCGAUUGGGAAGCGGGCGAGGCUCGGGGCGCGCAGGGGGCCGUCAUGAACUGGCUGAGAGAAGCGCUGGCACUGCUGAGGGGCACGCCGCCGUACCCUGAAGCCAAAGGCCCGGAGGCGCCCCCCGCUCACACCUUGGGGCAGGUGGUGCAGGCGCAGGUGAGGGUGGGGCCGCAGGGCUUGGGCCUGAGUCUGCUUAGGAACGGGCCCUUCCUGCAGGUCUGCGGGCUGAGCCGCCCGGGACCCGCCGGGCAGAGCGCGCGGCUGCAGCCAGGUAGCUACCGGCCGGUGGAGGAAGAGGAGGAGGAGGAGGAUGGGGGAGGAGCGGCGGCAGGCGACGUGCUGGUGGCAGUGGGAGGACGGGACAUUCGGGGGCUGGGGCUGAGGGAGCUCGGGAAGGCCCUCCGGGACGUCGCCCCCGGGACCCUGCUGCGAGUCCUGGCGUACCGAGACGUCCUCCAGCUCCCUCCGGGAUGGGACACCGGCGGCGCAGCAGGACACCGGACUGACAGAUCCUGUCCCAGCAGUAUAGAAAGGCUCGUGGGCGAGGCGGCGCUGGCCCAGCGGGGGCACUGUCCGGCGCACCUCUCGGACCGGCAGGCGGGCACGUCCGCGGCCCCUCCUGCCUCCAGCACAGUGGAGCUGACGGUGGGCGCCGGCCCCACCUGCGAUGUGAUGGUGCACAGGCAGGCCGGACCCCCCGUGACCUCCGACCUUGCCCAGCUCUCCCGCCCUCCUGCCCACUCACCUCCCUGUCCCGAACCACCCCCACCUCUCCAGCCGGCACCCUGCUGUUCUUCCUCUCCCUCUUCCUACAGGAGCCUUUCCUCAUCACCCCCUCACUCAUCCUACUCCUCCUCCUGCACCUCUGAUCUCACACCCUCUUCUUCACCUUCCUCACAUCCACCCGAUUCGCUGCCAGCCGCGUUUUCUUCUGGCGCGUUGUCCUCUUCAUCCUCAGACGACCAGGACGUCCAUGUCUCUCCGCGACGCGUACGUGUUCACCUGACGGCACAGCUCUCUCUUCCCGACUUCAGCGUCUCCGGUUCAGAUUCCUCAGGGGGCGACCGAGACUGAGGAAGGAGGGGAAAUGUGCCGUUUCCGAUGCCCGACGUGGUGAUGGCACACUCUCCCGCAGCCAGAAAAACCCUGUAACCUUUAGUCGGAGUACCUGAAAAUCAGAUGAGGAAUAGCUCUUGAAAAAGAGCUCACACACUGGAAUGUUAUUGGGAAAUGGGGGGAGCAAUUCAUUCCUGACCUAGGCUAAAAACGUCGGUGAAAAACACCAGUUUGGGAAGUGUUUGUCAUUUCAUUUUCUACCCAAUGCACAAUUAAAUAUUUUGACCACUUCCCGUA